UAGGGAGGGACUUAAAAUUUAAUUUGAUCAUAAAUUAGUGUUGGAAAAGUUAUAUCUAGUUCUGCUAAAUAGUUUACAUGUUUCCAUUUUCAUCCUGAUUUAUUUACAUUUAAGAGAGCUUCUCUGCUUUAGAUGAUACUCAAGGAACAUUGCAAGGAUUUGAGUUCCUUAUUUUUUUUCCCUGACUUUUCUCAUCUCAUUCUAUACCCAGAAUUGUAUUAAAAACAAGUUCCCAUGCUACUCCAGGGAACACCAACGUACACAUUCAUAGGAAACUACUUUUCUUUGAGAUCAACUUAACUCAGACAGAAUGGUUGACCAGCUCCAAGGAACGUGGAAGUCCAUUUCUUGUGAAAAUUUUGAAGACUAUAUGAAGGAACUGGGUAUAGGAAAAGCCAGCAGGAAACUGGGCUGUUUGGCAAAACCCAUUGUGACCAUCAGUACAGAUGGAGAUGUCAUCACAAUAAAAACCAAAAGCAUCUUUAAAAAUAAUGAGAUCUCCUUUAAACUAGGAGAAGAGUUUGAGGAAGUCACACCAGUUGGCCACAAAACAAAGAAUAAAGUAACCUUAGAUAAUGGGUCCCUGAUUCAAGUUCAGGACUGGAAUGGCAAAGAAACCACCAUAACAAGAAAGCUGGUGGAUGGAAAAAUGGUGGUGGAAAGCUCUGUGAACAAUGUUAUCUGCACACGAACAUACGAGAAAAUAUCUUCAAACUCAGUGUCAAACUCUUAAGGCUUUCUCAGGCUGCCCUCCAAAAUAAUGAGGUUGUUUAAAUACAACUCCAAAGUAAAAUAUUAUGACUGUUAAUAUGAGAGAGUCUUUCUUUGCAGAAGCAUCAACAGUUUUGCUUGCCAAGUUGAACAUGCCUGUAUCUGUAGUACUUUGGCAUUGGUGGGCAUAAGAAUCCAGGUUGAUAUAUCCUGUUCAAUGCAAGGCUGGGAUAAUAUUUUCAGAGAGGCACUUCAUGUUGAUUUUUUAUUAUUAUACAUUUUAUGUUCACCCUCUAAA